UUGCGGUUUCGUGAUAAAGCCCGAUAAUCUUCUGUGUUUUCGUUUAUUUUGCUUUUCAGAAUUGAUGCGUAUAAUUUGUCUGUUGAGUUUUGGUCGAUCUGUUUCUUGUAUCUAAUCUGCUGCUUGUCAGGGAUCAUGUCGAUGCUCGAUUCGUUCUUCAACAAGGGCUUCAAAGCUUCAAAAUGACACUUUCUCAUGUUGGGUUCUGUAACUUACGCAGCAAAACCUUGCUCAAGUUAACGGUUCCUCGGAUAAAGCUGCUUCGGAAUCGAAGAGAGGUGCAGAUAAAGCAAAUGCGUCGCGAAAUCUCAAAGCUUCUCGAGACUGGUCAAGAAGCCACUGCCCGAAUUCGGGUGGAACAUAUUGUGAGGGAAGAGAAGAUGAUGGCUGCUCAAGAAAUCCUUGAGCUCUUCUGUGAGCUCAUCGCUGUUCGUCUUCCGGUUAUCGAGGCUCAAAGGGAAUGUCCUCUAGAUUUAAAAGAAGCGAUAUCGAGUGUAUGCUUUGCUGCACCAAGGUGUGCCGACUUGCCAGAGUUGCAGCAGGUCCAGAUGUCAUUUGUUUCCAAGUAUGGAAAGGAAUUUGUUGCAGCAGCAGCCGAGCUUAGACCGGACUGCGGUGUUAAUCGUAAGUUGGUGGAGUUGCUGUCUGUACGAGCACCUUCACCGGAAACUAAACUGAAACUUCUCAAGGAUAUAGCGGAAGAGCAUGAACUUGAUUGGGACCCUGCUCCUACAGAAACCGAGUUCUUCAAAUCUCAUGAAGAUCUCCUCGACGGGGCAAAGCAAUUUGGCGGCGGCUCUAAGUUGCCAUUACAAAAGGAGGAGCGUGAUGAAGCGUCACAUUCUGCACAUGUUUCAGCCAAAAAGGAGCAAUCGGAUUCUGACUCUGACUUUGAAACAUUAGAUUUUCCCGAGGUUCCAAAUGUUGUUCUGCGGCCAAGUCCUGGUACUGCCUCGACUGCGCCAUCAGCAAUCUCCCAAAGCCCUGAAAACGUACAAGAAUCAGCAAAAGAUGCCGGAUCUCAUGAUGAACAUACCUCUGAGGAAUUGGCUUUUGAGUCGGAGAAUAAAUCAACCUCUAAGCAGGAUGAGUCUCCCGAGAAAUCGAGCAGCAAGAUGGUAGAGGAUCAAGGGUUUUCGUCUUAUGUUUCUCCACCAUCACAUGUCCCAGACUCCGAUACUGUGAAGUGGGGCGAUUAUUCUCCAACCGAUGAUCUUCGGACAAAAGCUGGCAUGGACCUGAAGGAUGUCUUGGCAGCCGCUCAGACUGCAGCCGAAACAGCAGAGCUUGCAGCAGCAGCAGCCCGUUCAGCCGCGAGUCUCGCACAGCUCAGAAUCACUGAACUUACAAAGAAGAAUACCGACCAGCCUCCAGAGAUUCCUUCUGAGAACCCUUUUCAUGGCAAAGAAUCGCCGACCAGCGUAAAAAAUCCAUGCUUCGAUCAUCAGAACUCCUCGAACAGCAGCUUUGGUGAUCUUCCAUCACUUGAAAGAUUCAGCCUUGAACAGAAUCACGACCACCAACCACAGAGACUGCCUUCAAUGGAUGAUGAUCCCUAUUUCUCGUACCCGAAUCUCUUCCCGUCGCAGAAUCCAGACAGUUCACAUGGUUCUCGUACUUUUCCAGAGAAUUCAAGACCUCCCCAUGAUUCUUAACUCUGUAUAUUUCAUUUUUGCUCUGUUUGUUUUCACAUAUGCAAAAGAACAAUGUGUUUGACGGUUCUUGAAUGCUGUUCUUGAGUUUUCUCAGUGAGAAAUACAUGUGUUGUAUUGUACAGAACUUGUGCGAGUGAUAAUGUUUAAAAUAAGUUCGUGAUU